UGAUAACAACCAAAUGUCAAAUAUUUAACCUCACAUCAAACCAGUGGUUCCGUUCGUAAAUAACGUUUUUCAAGCUUCUACAGUACUUAAAAGAAUGAACAACGUUGAAAUCGAAGACUUUUAUCACCAUGACUUUACUACGGCUUCGGAAUGGGAAGUGUUCAUUGCGAGACUAGAAGAAAUUAUACAUGAAUGGAAAUUAUCUAAUACAAAAAUUGGCCCUUGUUUAAAAUCUGGAGACUUUGUCAACUUUCCAUGGGAAGAAAAUUCGGAAAAACUUUAUUUUGCUGGUGUGGAAUUUACAUUAAAAUAUUUCAAAUUGAAAUUGGAAGAUAAUGACACAGAUAAUACUUUAGAAGAAAGCGAAGAAGAAAAAGUGCAAUGUCAUAGGGAUGCGUUAAAUGCGUUAAAUGAUUUUGCUAGAGUCGAUGGAAAUCAUUUAGAGAUAGUUCGUUAUUAUGGUAUUAGAGAAUUCCUUGUUUUACAGUCUACUAAAAAAGAUUCUGUGAUGGAUGAAACUAAAAUUAAAAUUUUACUUAGUUCUCUUACGAUUGCGACAACUAAUGCCAAUUGUGAUAUACCCGCAUUAGUACAAAUACAAGAACCAUGGCAGAAAAUGUAUUUUGGGACUUGUAUCGGAAAGGGAGUUUGUACCCAUUUUGACAUGGUACACUUGAAAAAAGUACCUUUGCACUGCAAGUAUUUAACUGGUCUGCUUGCCUUGUUUAAGCAGAAAGUUGGAGAAGGUUGUGGAGUACAACUCGAUCCAGUGUCGGUAUCUGUAAGGUUUUCAUAUUUGUUAAAAGAUUGGACCAAUAGCACGUGGACUCAAGAACCUCCAGAUUUCGAUUUUAUGCAAGGUGAAACAUUGGGUGUAGCUGAACUUGGGAAACUUCCGUUUGGAGCAACAUAUGAUCCAAUUGCCGAGCUCCAUUUAUUUACUACAUGGCCUGAAAUGUCAGAAAAUUUUGUGGUCGAUAGCGAAGGAUUCACAGAUCUAGAACCACAAUUUGCUCCGCAAUGGUCUGUGCAAGUAAAAAUGGUUUCUUCGCCAGCCUGUUUAUUAGGGGAAUAUCUAACCGAUUUUUUACAUCUUUGCAACAAUCAAAAAACUAUGGUAGACUUGUUGGGAGAGGCUGUCAUUUAUGCUGAGCAAGAAGGUCAAAUGUUGAGUUCAGUUUUUAACAUAUUAACGGAGUCUAAGAUACCGACGAUUUCAACAGUUGUUAGUAAAGCAACUACAAAGAAGAAUAAAAAUGUAGAAGGACCAAUACCAGAAGAAAUAUUAUUAUCGAUACUUUAUUUUCUUUUCCCUGAUGCCGAUGAAAAUUCUAAAACUCCAUAUGGUGACUUGACGGUAUAUAACGUAGACGAGGACCAGUGGAAAGGUGUAAAAACAUGUGCAAUGGAUAGUUUAGUAUGGCGCCUCGCGAUAGUUGCAGCACAUUGUUCGUAUAAUCUUGGAGGAGCAGCAGCGUUGGCACAAUUAUGGUACGAGUUCGUGCAAGAAAUCAGGUUUCGAUGGGAAAGGAGCAUUCUUAUACCUGGAGUCAGUCCAGGUUUUCCAGAUUGCGUAAGGACAUGUAUAUUGCAUCAAAAACUUCAGAUGAUGAAUUGUUGUAUCGAAAAGAAGAAAGCUAGAGAAGAGAUGGCGCUUAAAUCUCAAAGUAUAGAUACCGACGAGUUUGAAACAGCAGAAUCGGAAGAAGAAGAAUUUUUCGAAUGCACCAGCGAAGAACCGACGAACGAGGACGAUUCGACGACAAGGACACAGUUGAAAGCGAAACAUCUGUUGUGGAACAAACCUGCGGGAAGAUUAGCCAAACAUCCUUCGUUUAAGUUAAUUCAAACUGGAGAUCCUCUUUAUUUACCGAUAAUGCAGGAUCCUGUACCAAAGACGGAAGAUCAACUCGAGGAAGACGCUGAAGUAAUGAUGCAGCUUGGAACUGAUAAACAUGGUUCAGAAAUGCGAGCCAGAUUAAUGAGUGCCUCGCUAUUGUCCGAUAUGGAUUCUUUCAAGGCUGCAAAUCCUGGCGCAGUUUUGGAAGACUUCAUUCGUUGGUAUUCUCCAAGAGAUUGGAUCGAAGAUAGUGGCACAGAUGAAUGGGAUCAACCUAGAGGUCAUUUAUCAGCAAGAAUGUUAAUUCCUAAUAAUCCAUGGAUUACAAUUUGGAAUUCAGCUCAGCCUGUGCCUGCACAUCGACAAAAGCGAUUAUUCGAUGAUACGAGAGAAGCUGAAAAAGCUCUGCAUUUUUUAAACACAAAACGUACAGGUCAAAUUGCUCAACUUCUUUUACCAACUUUAACUCAUGCAGCACUUUACACUCUAAGCGAACAAAAACAGGAUGCUCUACCAAAUCUACCUGAUGUUGCACUCAGUAUUCUUAAUAAAUUACAAUACGCAACGAAACCUAUUCCAAAAUUACACACAUAUAGGGAAAUAAUUCAAGAUAUAGAAGGUGUGGAAGCUCUUGUUGCGCAAGUAAAUUCCUUGCAACAUAAACUAGGUGAUAACAAUGAUUCUAAGGAAUUUACUUCGUUUCUUAUCCAAUUAAUGCGAGGAAAGGAGGUAGAAGUACCAGAUGGAUCAAGAGGAAAUAUCGGUUCUCGGAUAACAACAAUGUUCAGAGAUGCUCAAAAAGCUGCUCUUGUAAUGAUUACUCUAAAUAGUAAUCCAGAGAUAGAUACCGAAGAUAGUAAGUUUAAAACAUUUCCAGAACCUUGUUGCAAAGAGUUUGUUUUACGUGUCGUUUCACCGCGGCCUUCGCCAACCUCGACACCACAACCACAGAGACUUUACGCGUGUCUUCAGCGAGAUGACAUUCGUUUAGCUGGAUUCUUUUCAGAGGAUACGAUAUUUUUGUAGUGCACAUUUCGAUAUUUUUCUAACCAUUUGAUCCACAAUCACAAAUAUGGACAUAUUAUCAGUGAAACGGACAAUAUGCGACAUAUCGUCCCGGAGGUCAUUUAACGAGUCUCGAUGCUCUAUAAAGAUUUAUCUGCUGUUUCGAUCUUUUUGCACGAUACAAAAGUAUCAGAAUUAUAUUCUUACAACAGAUUACUUUAAAUUAGAUCUAAAUAUGGAUAAACUUUAGAACAACUUCAAA